AUGCCAAUAAUAAUUAAUGUGGGUGGCAGAAAAAGUGACAGUGUGUUGCCAAGCACUAGUAAUCAGUUGAAAACAGAAAAUGUUAAUGAGAUACCAAUUGCUCAUCGAAAACAAUCACAUAGGAUAACACGCGUAUCAAAAUUAGAAGACGCUAAUGAGACAAAAAACAAAAACGAUGAUGUUCUUCCAAAACAACCAUCACAUCACAUAACACGUGUACCGAAGCAAUUAUUAACUAAAUCCGAAUCAUCUUCUGAACAACAACAACCUGCAUUGAACAGCAUUGAUACAUCAAUUGUUCAUCGAAAACAAUCACAUAGGAUAACACGCAUAUCAAAAUUAGAAGAUGCUAAUGAGACAAAAAACAAAAACGAUGAUGUUCUUCCAAAACAACCAUCACAUCACAUAACACGUGUACCGAAGCAAUUAUUAACUAAAUCCUAUGCACCAUCAGCACAACUAAAUGAUAUAGUUUUACAAGAUGUACACGAUUUACAUAGUGAUAUUGGAACUUCAAUUACCUUGAAACAAAAUGUAAUGGAUCAUCAACGACCUCCACGUCUACAACAAGUUCAACUUCAAGUUCAAGUACAAGUACAACAAGUUCAACUUCAAGUACAAGUACAAGUACAACAAACGACGAGUAACAACAUUCAUGUCAAAUCCGUCUUACCGGAAAUUGAUGAGGGUAAACGUGACCUUAAUCGAUCUGACUUUAAAACAUUAUGCACGGAUGCAUUAGAUAAUUCGUCGUUAGUGGCUUAUUUUCCAUUCGAUUCUCCCUCUCCUUUGAGUUAUGUUGGUUCAACUGGUUUAACUACUACCGACAGCGGUCAAACGACAGUUCCUGGUCAUGUUAAUGACGCAUUAUCAUUCACAGGAUCAACAAGUUCUUAUUUUCAAAUUGGUAAUCUUGGUGUAGUUGGAACGGUCGAUCAAUCGUUCUCAAUUUCCUUAUGGAUUAAUCCGACUGUUUCAACUGCAGCAACAAUUGUGCAUGUAUCACUGGACUCGGCAGGUAUCGGUGGUUGGUGUUUGCCAUUUAUUGGUUUUACAACGUCGGGACAAAUAGCGGUACAAAUGUGGCAGGGAUCCUAUCCACCCUCUGUAACUGGUCCAACUCUUCUGUUAAAUACGUGGAACCAUGUCGUAGAAACGUUUAGUGUUACUAAUGGUUUGAAAUUAUACAUUAACGGUUCUCUUUAUUCAACAAAUUCAGUAUCUAAUUUUGCAGCAAGUGGUUCAUCAAUGUACCUGACUGUUGCUAGUUCUCUAUCCGGUUAUUCUCCUGCGUGUUCAGGCCUAGGGGUAAUACCAUUUACGUCUUAUCCCGGCGGUGUUGAUGAAUUAAGAAUAUAUAGUAGAGAAUUAAUCGCCCAAGAUGUUUGUACACUUUUUUAUUAUUAUUAA